AAAAAAAUCCAACUGACAAAGAAAUCAUGGAAGAACCAGAUUUUAAUGAAAUAAAAGAUGAAAAGAUCAAAUCAAUUUAUCCGUUGAUUGGAAGUGUUACAAUCAAGGGAGAUUUUGACCUUCACAACCAGAAAACAAUUCUGGAUUUGCCAAACUUAAUUGAAAACAUAAACAGCCCAGAAUACACCAUCAAUUCUGGAAACAGUGCACCAGUUGAAGCAAAUAAAGACCCCAAAGACACAUUAAAUAAGUCAGUUGCAUUACAUAUUGAGUCAACGAAGCAUUGCAGCACGGUGAAAAGAGCUACAAACACUAAAUCUAUGAUAAAACAUCCAACCUCAUUGCUUGACUGUUACGCAGGGUGGAGCGAAACAAUACGUAGAACACCGGGAGGGGACUCUUACUGGGUAAAACUUAGCCCCAUUGAUGAAGACCCCGACAGGAAUAAUUUAAGAUAUGAAAUCUCAUGUAUUGAAGGUGAAAUUGAUCAAGCAAUGCUAAAAAUACAGCAUAACAAAAGCCAAGAUAAUAAAG